AUGACGUCCUUAUGGACUCAGGCAUCGUCCUUAAUGUACGUGCAACGGCCCAUAUUGACAAUUUUCAGAGGGAGAACGAAUAUAUCUAUCAAAUAUGCAGUGGAUGAAACACGCCCACCGAUCUGGAUUGGGCCUUGGAAAGUACAGUCUGCCACAAAAAAGACUGCGUCGUCUGGGCACUUGCCUGCAUCUGCAAUGGACACAUUGGCGCGUCAAACUGUGUCUAUAUGGAUGUACUCGCCCGUAUCGAGAGGUGCUAUGCGAGUGAAAGAAAUUGAGCACCUAAAGCGCGAGGUCACCACGCUGUCUCGAUUGAGGCAUCCAUGUAUUCUGGAAGUUGUGGAACCAUUGGAAGAAAGCCGCUCCAACUUCAUGUUCGCAACAGAGCAAGUCAUUGCUAGCUCUCAUACCAUGAUGCAAGAGACGACAAACCCUGACAUGCAACUAGACGAAGUGGAAGUGCAAAAAGGCUUUCUCCAGAUUGCUCAAGGGCUAGAGUUCUUGCAUGAUGCUAAGCUCAUACAUACUAAUUUAACAUCAAAUGCUGUGGUUAUCAAUGCCAAGGGCGAUUGGAAACUUUGUGGAUGUGCCUAUUUGACGAAUGUGUCUGAGAUCACGAGCGACAGGCACUGGGCAUGGGAGGACGAUGAACAUGCUUUGCCUGAGAUGAUGCGGCGUGAUGUGGAUGUGAUGGACCCGGUGUACGUAAUGGACCACAAAGUGGAUCCGAGUAACGAUAUGUACUCGCUCGGCAUUUUAUUUUUCAUGGCGUUGCAUCACGGUGCAAAACCUUAUCAAACAUAUGGUAGUAUCAGUGCAAUGUGCACCUAUGUCGAGGAACUUUCCAGCAGGAUCCACACAUCGACGUGGGAUAUGUUGGGAAGCGAUGCUCAAAAUAUCUUGAUGCACCUCAUUACGCGAAAAGAUACGGAUCGAUAUUCUGCUAAAAUGUUUCAACAGCUUCCAUAUUUUAAUAGUAUGCUCGUGCGCAUCCUCAAGUUUAUGGAACGUGAAAGCUUUUCUACACGGUCGAGAUCGGAGCAAGUGCAAUUCCUUCGAGGCAUGUAUAAAAUGCUGCCGCAAUUCUCCAUGGCUUUGUUGCGACGGAAGCUUCUACCUAAUUUGCUGGAAGCCUCCCCGGACAAGGCACUGUUGCCCUACAUUCUUCCGAAUGUCUUUUUCAUCGCAAAGCACUUCUCACAACUUGAGUUUACAUCCAGCGUCCUUCCGCGAUUAGAGCCGCACUUCCGAGUGCAUGAUCCUCCUCAGUGCCAGAUGUUGCUGCUAAAUCAUACGGACUUGAUGGUCAAUAAAACGACACCGGUUGUAUUUCGAGACCGGGUGAUGCCGUUAUUUUACUCUGCCUUUGAUCAUGAGAACGUUGCUGUGCAGGAGAAUGCUUUGCAGCACAUUCCCAAACUGUGUGGCAUACUAGAUUUUUCGCACGUCAAAGACAAACUGCUACCCAAGCUCACUACGGUGUUCUCAAAAACUAAAACACUAUCUGUUAAAGUGAGCAGCUUGAUCUGUUUCCAUGCGAUGAUUCCUUUGCUGGACAAAGUGAGUAUCAUGGAUACCUUGCUGCCGACUAUGGGUCGAAUCAAGACACGCGAGCCCUCCGUUAUGGUAGCAUCGCUUGCAGUUUAUGAGGCACUGUGUGAAAAGGUGGAUUUAGAGACCAAGGCUACUGUAUUUUUACCUCGUCUUUGGGUCAUGGCGAUGUGUCCGUUGUUGAAUGAGACCCAAUUUCAUCGGUUUAUCCGAACAAUCAAGAGCCUUGGAGAAACAGUCGAACAGGAACAGCUUGCACAUAUUCGUGAGGCAAGUCACCUGGAGGUACAAACAAACGAAUCAGCGCAACAGUCUGCAAGCAAUGUUACGCCCAUUCCUUUGAAUGCAGCUAUUGCAUCUACGGGCGAUAUCGAUUUGGAGGCGUUGGUGGGGCACGCUCGUUACGAAACCAGUGUGCAAGCCAUGGAGAAUCUUCUUCCCUCUUCUUCAUCCAUGACAACUACCACAUCCACGCCGUCACAGACCAAAUCGGUGAAUAUGACAUUGCAGACGGAAACACCCGCCCGCUCAAAGUCGUCCAAUACUCCCGACAUGAGUGGACACAAUUCCACGUCAUGUACCGGCACACAAUCUCCAGGUUUAUUUGAUGCGCUUGUUCCUUCUAGCACACGCAUGUUAGCUCCACCUUCGACAGUCAGUACGCAGCUCAAUAAGCCGCAGACUGUGCAGCCACCACCAGGAUGGAGCGGCGGCAUGUUAACGCCUGAGUCAAAGAAACCAACAACAUCAAUCCCAAAGAAUCCCUCUAAGGCGCAGUGGCAAGACUUUGAUCCACUCAAGUAA